GUUUGACUGAGGAAGAAUAAAGUAGUCGUGAUUUCAAGCAGACUCCUGAUAAAGAUCAGAUUUGGGGACGUACAGGAAACAACAUCUUUUUUUCUCUUUCUGUUCUCAUCAUUAGCGGACUGCAGAAUUUUUGAUACUUGGUUCAUUUCUGCACAUCUAAAGGGAUCACAUCAGUAAACUGGGAAAGGGAGCCUUGUAGUGUAAUUCCUGACUUGACCUGGUUGGAAGAGCCAUCACUCAGAUAUCACAAUGUCAGAAGAAUACACCACGUGCUAUGAUUACCAAGAUUGCUUUGACUUUCCUAACUGCACAGACUGUUCUCCUACCAACGUAAGUGAUGUAAAGGACUUCAACAAAGUGUUUCUCACCACUCUCUACAGUUUGGUUUUCAUCAUGGGCUUCAUAGGUAAUGGACUAGUGGUGUAUGCCGUGGUGAAGCACCGCAAUCAGUGCAACCUGACAGACAUCUGCCUCUUCAACCUGGCUCUCUCUGACCUCCUCUUCGUCUUCACGCUGCCUUUCUUCUCUGACUAUGUCAGGGUCGGCCAGUGGACUUUUGGAGACUUCAUGUGCCGUUUGAUUUCCUGCUCUCACCACAUUGGCUUCUUCAGCAGCAUCUUCUUCAUGGUUGUCAUGACGCUGGACCGUUAUGUGAUCAUCGUGCACGCUCACAGGGUUGCAUGUUAUCGCACAAAGAGGGCUUCCAUCAUUCUGACCGUGCUCGUUUGGAUGCUGAGCUUGUUUGUCUCUCUGCCAGAUUUUAUCUUCAGAAAGGCAAUAGGACAGGAAUCCCAAGGAGUGCAGUGUGACUAUCCUGACGAGAGCAAAAUAUGGGAGCGUUAUGAUUUGUUUACCACAAAUGUGCUGGGUCUUGUGAUUCCUUUGUUGGUGAUGGUAGGUUGCUACUCCAGGAUCAUCCCCAGGCUGGUAAACACGAGGACCACAAACAGGCACCGCAUCGUCAAGCUGAUCAUCUGCAUAGUGGUUGCAUUUUUCUUACUCUGGGCCCCGUAUAACAUUUCCCUUUUCCUAAAGUUCCUCCUGGAAAAAGAAAUAAUCCUCAAUGAUAAAGUCUUGGAUGAAAAUAUAAGGCUGUCAAUAACAGUGACUGAAGCCUUUGCUUACACUCACUGCUGUCUGAAUCCCAUCAUAUAUGCUUUUGUGGGAGAGAAGUUUAUGAGACGAGCCUUGCAGCUGCUGACAAAGUUGGUGCCUGGUUACCGCAGAGAUCUGACAGACCGCUCAUUCAGGAGAAGCUCAGUUAUGUCCAGGGGCUCUGAAAUCACCUCCACCUUUAAAUUGUAGAAGGUGGAGGACAGUUGUAAGUAUUUUGUCAUGAAUGUUUCACCCUGUUAUUACUGCAGACCGUGCCUUGUUCAUGUUUGUUUUGUUCAUUUGGGAGCGUUAUUUGACAAAUACGACAGUGUUCUUCACCUGUCUGUCACCUUCAAAAUGUGUCUCUACACUUUUGGACCUUUUGAAUUUACAGCAAUUUUUUUCCUGACGGUUAGAUUGUAAAUGUACUCAAUACUUCUUUAAUGCCUUUAAUGUGUAUUAGCACUGCCGAUUUACAGAAUCUUAAUCAGCUUCGACUCUAAUACUCUUCUUUCUUCUGCUCAGGUUAAAUUAAACUUGCUGGUCUGUUAAACUGAACCUGCUGUUUUACAGCAACCUGUAACAAUUUGCUUACUUCUUCAGACAUCUUUUAUGAGCCUUACAUGUUUGCAGAAACACACCAAAAACAGCAUAAAACUAUUUCAGAUCUUGUACAAAAUGUGCACAUUGUCUUACUGUUAUUCACAUUUCUAACUAU